CCUUGGACGCCACAGCAGCACAAGUAUAUGCUAAGCGCUGUGCGUUCGAUGCUCAAGUCCAACAACUCGGUCAAUUUCCGGCAACCGGUCGACGUCGUGUUGUUCAAUAUCCCCCAUUAUCCCAACAUCAUCGACCGACCUAUGGACCUCGGCACCGUUGAGACCAAGCUUAUCGCCUCUGAUCCCCGCGGACCACCGAAAGACAAGAGCAAGGCUGCGAGGUGGGACCCUUCCAAAGGCAGCUACUCGUGCGUGGCGGAACUCACCGCCGAUGUGCGCCAGAUCUGGGAGAACACGCGCAAAUUCAAUGGCCGCGAUCAUGUCGUUUCUCAACUGGCGUCCAAGCUCGAGGAACAGUAUGAGAAGGCGCUUCGCUCUCUCCCCAGCGAUGCCCCUGCUGCGGCCGCUGUUGCAUCGCCGGCAGGUGGGCCUUCCUCGCGCCGCCAGUCCAUCUCUCAGACCCCCACCAUUCGUCGUGACGCCGAGUCGGGCAGGCCGAAGCGUGAAAUUCACCCUCCUCCCUCCAAGGAUCUGGACUACAACUCACCCGGCUCUCUGCGUAAGCCUAAGCGCCGCAACGACCCGCAGAUUCAAUGGGCUGCUCGCACACUCAAUCAGCUUGAGAAGUCGCAGAAGCAUUACGACAUUGUCGCCCCCUUCCUUUAUCCUGUACAGGAAAUCAUCGCUGCAAUCUCGACCUACACACAGGUUAUCAAGAAGCCGAUUGAUUUCCUGAUGAUCAAGCAGCGUUUGGAGGACAACGAGUAUGAGGACGUGUCACAGAUAGACGCCGACGUGCGCCUCAUGUGCAACAACGCUCGUACCUUCAACCCUCCCGGCGACGCUGUACACAACGCCGCCAACGCCCUGCUGCAGAUUUGGACUGAGAAGUGGCGCUCGUUGCCACCAAAGCAAGAACUGCGCGAACCGAGCGAGGAGGUGGUUGCCGACGAGUACGACUCUGAAGACGAGGACAAGGACGGUGAGUCUCAAUUUGUUUUUCUGAAGCUAAUUUUAGUGGUCCGUCUGCGUGAGGCAAAGGCGGAGCGUGUUCAGCUUGACCGCGAGAUCGCAGAGCUCGAGCGGAAGAUUGCUAGCAAGCCCGCCAAGCAGCGCAAGCAGAAGGCCCCCAAAGCCAAGGCGGCACCGCGUAAAUAUUCCACUACGAGCAAGCCGUCGCCCGGCGGGCCAAGCGUGAAUGGUGCGAUGAAGAAGCAGCGCAAGCCCAAGCCCGAGGUCACAUACCACGAAGACGACGACAGCGAGGAAGAACCAGAGUCCAUCACGAUAGAUCAGCAGCUUGAAUUGGCGAACAAGAUUCAGACUGCCGACGCCGAUAUUCUUGGUCAGGCUGUGGCUAUCAUCCAGGCGACGACCAACAUUACUGGUGAUCAGGAAAUCGAGCUGGACAUGAAUUCCCUGCCACCAGCAACGGUCGUCAAGCUGUAUAACCUCGUGUGCAAGGGGCGCAAGCGCGGCAAGAAGGCCAAGCCCCAGCCGCGUAAGAGCGGUUUCGGCGGCGCUCCCGGUCGCAAGCACCUCAACGAGCAGGAGGAGGCGGACCGUAUCCGCAAGAUGGAGGCGCAGCUCCAGGCGUUCGACAGCCGUGGUCCGGCUCAGUCA